UUAAGCCGGCGCUCAAUUGAAAUCGGUUUUUGGCGGAUUUAAAACGCGGCUAAAAUUCAUUAAAUUCGGACACUGAAAUUCAUUUUGUCCCAGCUAUCCGGGUUAAAAUCACUUGAACCGAAAUGAAAUAUUCUCAGCAGGGAUAUAAUAUUUAUUUCUUCCCUGCUGCCAAUAUUAUAACCCGGCUAGUAAUUUCAGUCAUCAUAAUAAAUACCAUAGCAAACUUUAUUGCAAUCAGGUUAUAUUGAUACUAAAUACAUCGUUUUCAAAGAUAAAUGGAUUGAAAAUCAGAGUUAGAUUGUGGCAAAGACUUAAUUACUUUUUAGAAGCUAAGAGGUAAAUAAGAAUACCAAAGAUAAGAAGUGAAUGCUAAGUAUACACAGAGUUAUGUGUGUAUACUGUGUAGGAAUAUUGUAAUAAUCCUUACAAUAGACACUAGGAUGACAGUCAACAGGAUUUGCUGUGUAAAAUCCUGUUUGUGUUGCUAGCUAUAGAGCUUAUCAUACGGUUUUUAAAAUAAUCAGUGUUAUCUAGUUCCCCUAGCAGGAUGGUGAAGGAUCAGGGUCUCGUGUUAAUAGGUGCUGGGCUUCCGCGCACAGGGACCAUGUCCACCAGAACAGCUUUAAAGCAGCUACUGAAAGGCAAUAUUCACCAUAUGGCUACUGUGCUCCAUGAACGACCGGACCAACAUGACUUCUGGUGGAAGGCGAUGAAGGGAAAAGCAAGCACAGAUGAUUGGGUGAAGACCCUGUCUGAGUAUAGAGGAGGAGUGGACUACCCUAUAUCCUUCUUCUAUAAGGAGAUAAUGGAAGCUUUUCCAGACGCAAAGAUAUUGCUGAAUGUACGAGAUCCUGUCAAAUGGUAUCAAAGUGUUAAAAAUUCAAUUUUGAAAAUCUCAAAUACAGAAACAAGUUGGCCCUGCUCCUGGUUUGACUUCUUAACUGGCAGGGCUGCAACAACUGAACUUGUUAUCAAGCUAUCUACAAUUGUACCACAGUGCUCUACCCAAGGGUUAGGUAUGUUUGGGGCAGUCAGUGCAGGAGAAAAAGAAGCAGUACAGUUCUGGAAUGAACACGUGAAUGAGGUCAAAUCUGUCGUUCCCGCUGACCGCCUGUUGGUCUGGGAGGUCAAAGAAGGCUGGGAGCCAAUCUGUAAAUUUCUAAAUGUCCCAGUGCCUCAAAAUCCCUUUCCCCGAGUAAACGAUACUGAUGAGAUUGAGAAGGCGCGGAAAGGUCUUCUUUUCUUCUCCUGGUUCUUCAUUGUCUUCCUCCCAUCACUUCUUCUCCUUCUAGCCUGGUAUUUAGAAUUCACAAGUCUAGGACCUAUACUCAUCCUUGUUACGGGAUAUAUGGUUGUUAUUCGACUGGUUAAAUGUGUUCUUCGUGAAGGUCAUCUUAACCAUGGAAAGUCUGAUUAGUUGAAAAUAAACAUAUGUUUGUGUGA